AUGUCACUAGAACGUUUGGGAGUUUUUGAGAACACUGAUUCUUGGAUUUUUGAUUGGGAUGCAGCGGCUGGUGUGUUGCAUGGUACUUUAAAUUCAAGGAAAUCAAGCUUAAGUAUAAGUUUAUCAAAGGAUAGCAGAAUUCUUCAAAUUGUGGAUGAAUUUCUAACUCUAUUUUCGAAAAAUGAUGAUAAUUUGUGGGAGGUAUCUGGUGGAUUUAAAUAUCAAGGUCGGGAAGAAGAAUUUGAAGAUAUAGUUACGAAAGUUUACACUGCAGUUUUAAUGCUUUUCAUGAGAUUUUCUACUGAAAGGAAACAGUUAAAGAGGGAACUAAAUCUAUUCAGUUUGAAUCGAUUGUUUCUAGCAAUUAAAAUCUUCAAAGCAUCAAAUCAAGAAGUCCUCGAGAAAAUUAUCUUGGAGGCUUUUAAAAUGAAGCAUAUUACAGAAGAUGCUAUCGCUGAAUGCAUGAAAAAUAUGGAAAAAAAACUGGUGGCUGAUUGCAAAGAAAUUGAUAUAUAUGUUGCAUUUUCAAGAGAUCAUGCCGAGAAUGCGAAACGGAUUUUAGAAAAACACGAAAUUUCUAUUGAAGCUUUAGCUACUCUGUUACCUCUGUUGCCAAAGCAUCAUUCUUUGCAUUCUUACUUCUAUGGAUUUGUCAAUAGGCCGCUAGUGGCAUCCACUGAUGGUCUGUUGGCUUCAGGUUGUGCACUUUUCAAUGCUAUUCUCAAGCUCAGCAUUUCAGGAAACAAAUUAUAUUUUAUUAUUUCUAAUUCUUUAAAUUAUGAAAGAUUCAUUUUUUAUUAUAAUAUCAUGUACCCCGUUGAGGAAGUUAUUGACUUACUCGAAAGAGAAGAACAAGCUUUCGUGGUUGCUGCUCUCAAGAAAGUUGCGCUAAAACAGAAUGAGCGUAUUUUAGAACAACUGAAGUCUCGUGGAUUGCUUGCUAAUCUCGGGUGUUCUUUAAAUGAAACAGUACGCAAAUUAACUGACGAAAUCAUCCAAUCAUUGCCCCACUUAUCGCCUGAAUUUGUACACUUGUGUUUGCGACAUUUCGGUUAUAAAAUGCAAGAAACGAAAAAUACCUUAAUAUCAUUCAAUGAUUUGCCACUUGAUUUACGAGCUUUGUUCUCAGUUGAUUUGAAAGCAAGAGCGAUAUCAGCACACACCAGUGAAUGCUAUCCGAUUUCUAAUGGCGCUGAUUUCGACAAUUUUAAAAGUAUUAGUAAUGCUGUAACGAUGAGUAACAUCCUACCGGGCUCAGUAAUUCGUAUGAAAUCACCGGAAGCAGUUGAGAGUGAAUCUAUUUCUGAGGAUUUUAAUUUGGAUGAAUUGGCGGAAUGUAAUUUACGAAUGAACACGCUGAUUGAGAAAUGCAAAAUGAAUAUGGAUAAUAAUAGGAAAUUACUAUCGAAAGAAGCAUUUGUUGAGGCAGAACCUCAUAAAUUUGUUGCAAAACCAGAUUAUGAAGGCCUUCGUAAACAAACUAAAAUUUUUUCAUACGAUUGUUAUGAUGAUGAAUAUGAUGACUCCUGCGAUGAUUAUUUAGAUACCUUUAAUUUAGACUACAGCUCAGAUGAUUUUGAUGCUAAAGAAAGUCCAUUCGAAAAAGAAGAUAAUGAGUUUGAAACAGAUAACGAAAGCACGUUGACGGAAGGAAGUCAAGAGCAGAAAGAAGUGAAUCGAAAAAACAUAAGCGGAGUGGUUGAAGCGUAUGGACAAAAUCGAUGGAGGACGCGUGUAAAUCAGGCAUAUGAAGAUUCGGAAGAAGAGAAAAAAGUUCUUCAAUCUAGGAAUGUUUUUGAUACUCAACAAUUUUCGGAGCAUGAUGUCAGUAGUCAGAAGUCAGGAUGUUCGGAUGGUUUGGGAUAA